UUGACCAACCCAUUUCACACGUUGCACACACGUACAUGCUCUGUUUUCUAAAUAGAAAUCUGAAGACUACUUUCCAAAGUCAGCUUCCCUUUUUCCAAUACUGAAUUAGGGUUUUCAGGCCCCCUUGAAAAAUCUUAUCAAAAUUAGCCAAUCAUUCUCUUCGCUAUAAAGUAAUGACCUUUCUUUUUUCAGGGUCGCAAUUACUGCGUAAUUAUACUCAUCACAUAACCCAAUUUUUCUUGUACUUUGUUAUGUGUCUUUUAAUCUUUUUCUGAUAGCAAGUCAAGAGCCAGUAACUUCUUCUUUUGUUCCUGAAAUUAUUUUGUUUUUCAAGAAAAGGGUUAAUUUGUUGAAUUUUACGUGUUUUGCGGGAAAAAGGAUGAAUAGCUUAAGAGAUUUCCGCUAUGUUUGAAAAUGAAUGGUUCAAUUGUGAUGGAAAAUUCGAACCCAGUAAUACUGGAAAUAAGCUCCGAUGACGAGUCCAAUUUCGGCGAGGCCAUACGGGGUGGCGGCGGUGAAGACCAUGGUUGGCUGUCGGAGCUAUUAGACGAGGUGGAUAGAGGUACGGAUGAUUCUGAUGAUGUGAUUUUGGUGGAUGAGGUGGUUGUCAAGCCAAAGAAAGCAAGAUUAAAAUUUUCAAAUUCCUCUGCGAAAAUUAUGAAUUAUAAUGAUGGCGAUGAUGAUGAGUGUAUGAUUCUGGAUGGUGACCCGGAUAAGCCGUUGGCAGUUGAGAAUAGUGAAGUAGAUGACGAUGAUUCUGAUGAUUUGCUUCUUGUUGGUGAAAAGGGUCAGGUUGCCUGCAGAGACUUCCCUCACGCACGGCAUCUUUGCGUAACAUUUCCGUUUGCUUCUACUCCCCAUCAUACUCACUGUGACCGGUGUCAUUGUUAUGUUUGUGACUCACUUGCUCCAUGUGCCCAUUGGGGCUCUGGCAUUUCCAGUAUUGACCACUGUCAUGCUACGGAUAAAGAGGAGAUUUGGAUAACUCAACGGAAAAGCAAGAAGGAAAUUGACGAAACACAACCAAUUCUUAAUGUUGCUUCCCUUGCGAAUGUAGUUCCGCCGUUGCAUCCAGUACAGGCCAAUUCUUCAGCCCAGAAUCAGGAUUUUAAUCGGGUCACGGUGCGCCCUAGGACCCAUUUUGGCAUUCCCAAUAUCAUGAAUCAAGCCAGAAGUCAAACAUCUAGACCCGCUGUUCCUAGAUAUAGAUACCAACCACAUAUGGUCCCCCAACAGUUGCCUAGUACACAAGGCAGGAGCAUUUUCUCUAAAAAUAGUAGGCAUGUAAGAAGCAGAGGCCGUCAGUUCAUUCCUCAAAGUCCAUGUACGUCGUUCAAAGAGAGUGGGCAGGCCCAGGUUGAUUCGGUGAAUGAUAGGCGUGGCUAUGGUUUAUCCAAAAACAGUUAUGGGUCACAAUUUUCUAAUAACCUGCAUCUACCUAGGUGGCAUGCUUCUCAUGGCAAAGUGCAUCAGGGCGUAAGUGAUUUUGCAAAUUAUGCGCCCUCAGAACUUCAAAUGUCUUCUCAAGCUUGCAGACGCAAUUUUCUUAAAGCAUUUUCCUCGCAACCCCAAAUUGCUUCCCAGCCAUAUGUCAGAAACCAUUUUCAGAAUACAACUAUCCCCCAGCGGCCACUGGUGUCCCAGCCUAAUGGGAGCAAUACCUUCCAUCCCUUACCUUCUCAAACCCAUGCGUCCACCUCACUUUAUACAGGUAGCGGUAGCACUUCUGAACAUCCACUGUCCCCGAUGUCCUCACAACCCAAUAUGGAUAGCACCUAUGAAAGUUUUGUCUUUCAUCAACCUCAAGUUUAUACUGCCCCUACUUCCUUACCGAAUGAUGGACAAAAUAUUUUUCAGCAAGAAAAUCAAAUGCAAAGUGGUCUUGGUACAAGUUGCACAGAUUUUGGCUUUAGUUGGAAUCCCUCUGCAAGCGGAAGCAACCAACAGAUUCCUACAGGUAUUUCCCAACUUCAAAAUCCAGUAUCAACAGAUAAUCUCCCAUAUCAAAGCAUAGCAAAAGAAGAUAAUAACGAGUUUCAAAGUGUACCGCCAGAAGAUAACUCGUACAUUCACGUAGCAUUACCAGCAGAUAAUUUUUCCCUCAUAGAUGACAAUAAUUCCGGAUUCCCCGGAAGUAUAGAUCCUGACUCAUUGGACUUUCAGUUAGAUUGGAUACUUGAGAAUCAGCCUGUUCCAGGGGCUUUGGAAGUUUCUGUGCCUCCUGCGUUGAAUGUAUACUCCCCUGAACCUGGUACUAUAGAUGCAGGUACUCUUUUCGAUUUUUAAGUCUUUUAAGAAUGAUGAAAAAUGGCGAGCCUUGAAUUGUUGAUGUUUAUGUGAAGAAAAAUGGAUGGAAAAUGAUGUUUUUUUAAAUAACAUAUAGGAAGAGUCGAAUUAUCAUUUUAGCAUUCCGGUUUGGCAUAUGGGUGCACGGAUGUUUGUCGUUAUGAAGGUUUCUUGUACAGAAACCAGUCUCAUGUAAAAUCUCAUCUUUUAUUUAAUCCCUUGAAUGCAAUAACUAUUCUAUAUCUGCUUUA